AUGUCCUGGGAGGAAACCGCAGCAGCUUUCCUGGCGAAACUCGGCGAUCCAAAAGCUGCUGCUAGGGUACUGGACUCUUCAGCAGAGAAGGAUAGAACCACGGAACGUGUUUCUUCUAAGUCCUUCGUCGAUGAAAAAAUUAAACAGUUGAGAAGUUUAGCGAGUCCCUUGCCUUCAACAUCGAAGGAGAAGACGGAGGUUUCCUUGCAAUCCGAGUCUGAUGAAAAAGCGCAAAUGCGCAAGAUGUUAGGUGUACUUAUAACUAUGCAACAAGAGGCAGAAAGGAACGGUAGUUUAGAUGAAUCAGUGAUUGACAAGUUGUACAGAGAGGUGGGCUUAAAGAAAUCUCUUCAAACGACGAGCGAUCAACUCUUAGCCCAAAUCUGCUCAGAAAUCUCACAAGUAAGUCAGCCUACCAGCAGACCUGCCAUAGACUUGCAAUCUUUUGGAAUUAGCGCUCCGCCCGCGGAUCCGCCACAACCACCCUCAAUUUUUGGUGGUGGACUGCAGUCACAACCACUGCCACCAACCAGUCAACCAUCCACUAUACAAAUGCUGCUCUCUGAAGUGAAACGCUCGCUAAGCGGCCUAAAGCCUCCAAGGCCGCUAUCGCCACUCAUCAAGUCACCACCUUUCGUCAUCACUAAUAGGGAUGAUGUCUUUCCGGAAGGCGAAACGAUUUCUUGCGUUUUUCCGGGUGCAGAUUCAAAAGAGCUAAAAUGUGGUUCCAGCGCAAAUGCACUGCAACCCGAGCAAAAUCUAUCAAAGAAGGAAAGGGCAGCAUUACGUAAGAAGAUGUUGUUGGAAGAAGCUGAAAGGCUUAGAAAACAAGCUGAAGAGGAAGAUGGUGACGAUGAUGAUGAUGACUGGGAUUGCUUGGCGGAAGUUAUCAAUAGACCUGUUCCUAUCGGCAUAGAAAGUACUUCAGAGAAGUACGCUCAGCAGAUUCAUGAAUCACCGAGAAAACAAAGAGACAACGGUGAAAAAGUCAAGGACUAUCAAGUUGACGAAGAGAAAAAGACUCUCGAUAGGGAGAGAUGUCGUGAACGCAGGCCUGAUGAUAAAGAAGUGUUCACCGAUCGAAAUACAUACGAACGUGAAAAGCUAAACCGAAAAGUCUUUGACAAAGAAAAAGGUGCGAAAUUAAAUGGCGGUAAAAAGACAAGUACUUUACGAAAUGAGAAAAAGCUUGACAUUUGUCAAAAAAUGCCUCUUCAACGAACUAUUCUUCCUGAUGGAAGCCCUUCUACAGAAGUCAGCAGGAAAGGCGACAAGAUUUCUAAAAGUCAAAAAAAGAAGGUAGAACGUGAACGUGAGCACUCGAGGAUGGUAGGAAAGCCAGCCCAUUGGCCCCAACCUGUGCCACAACCGUUACUAGGACUUUCAUUGGAUCCACCUCCCAGAGAGCCGCCUAUUCCGUCAUCUGCGGAAGUGCGUCAGCUCUCGCAUAACUUUCGCGUAGCAAACGAGCCUGUUUAUCCUAUAAUGGGUAAUAAUCCUGUUUAUCCUAAUCAGUAUCUUCCUGUUUAUCCAAACCAACAACAGUACCACAAUCCACUGUAUUAUCAGGACCAGUAUGUGGGACAGUCACCUGUGCACGGCUAUGGUGACCCCACUAUACAGCAGCAAUACUUCGGUCAGCCACCAUAUUACUAA